GUAUGAAUCGCUAUUCUCGUCCGAUAUUCCCGCUUAUUGAAGAGAACAACAUAAUACACUGUUUGAUAAGACCAUGCUGCCAUCUGACUAAGAUUUACCCUAUUGCAAUCUGCCUCAGUUCGAUACAUGCGUGUUUAUUGACAAUCUAAGGACGCACCGCAAUUCAAGAAAAGUAUCCCGAAACAUGUGAGUUGAUUAUUCAUAGGUGUCACGGUCAAUUUCUCGCUCUAGAAGGGUGGGUAAAUAGAAUAAUGCUGAAGAAACUCUUCUGUGUAUACAACAAAGACAGGAAACUGAAGCAACUGGAGUCGACCGGAGGGUCAGGAACUUUUCGGUAAGUGAAGUAUGGAAAAUGCUGGCCCUGGUAAAGGGCAUAAUAGACAAGUAAAGAGCAAAAAGCUCAAAUCACCGAAGAAUUUACGGGGAAACACAAUGGACUCGUUUCAAGAUGGAGGCCAACAAAACAUGAGCAAUGAACAAGGCGAAUAUUUUAAUCAAAUUGAAGGGCCUAACAUGAACGUUGAUAUGAAUAAUUAUCCCCCAUCACCUAGGGAACAGAUGAUGGGGGUUGACAACUACGGAAGAAUGAACCCAAUGAUGCAUCCAGGGCAAAUGCAAGGGUACAAUCCGUAUAAUCGUGAAAACUUUAACCCAGGCGAUCAACAUGGCGGAAUGGCAGGAAGUUCAGAAAUUAUUAAUCAAAAUACUUUUCAGGCUCAGUAUAUGCAGCCUGGAAUGAAGAGUGGACAUCCAGGCAAACCGAACAUGAUACCUAUGAGGCCACAGAUGGGCCCUGGUGGUCCAGGAAUGCCACAAUCCUAUCCACAAGGGCAAAGAUCAAUGUUGUCAGGACAAAGCAUUUCACAGCAGUCUGGACCAACACCAACACUAAAUCAGCUUCUGCAGACACCAAACACGCCAGGGAGAAUGCAGGGAAAUAAUUAUGGUGAAUAUCACCAGAAAGUGCCACCCGAGAUGACAGCGCAGGGAACACCAUACAACAUGCAGCAAGGUUGGGCUGGAAAUAGACAACCAGCUAGUUUUCCACCAGGUCCAGGGACUCCUUACAGGGGUCAGGGUGGACCUGAUGCAGGUCAACAAAGGUCAAGUUUUUCUCCGAAUUAUUCCAUGAUGCCUAACCAAUAUAGCCCAGGACAGUUUUCACCCAACUCCAGAUUUGGUAUGACAGGAACGCCAAACAGACAGAAUGCUGGUUACAAUAACCAGAUGGGACCACAAUAUGGUCAUCAGCAACCAUCCUCCGACCAAUACGGAUAUGCUUCUACGCCAUCACAACAGUAUCUUCCUCCGUCUUCUCAAUCGUAUAUGCCUCAUACUCCAUCUCGACAGCAUACUCCAUCCGGACCCACACCACCACCAUCAUCAAGAAUAUCACCAGCACCAUCAGACUCAUCAAACUCUCAACCACCAGCUCUUUCACCAACUCCAUCCAGACAACAGACCUCACAGACACCACCAAGUUCAGGGCUGCAACAACCCACCAGUCAACAACCUAGUCCAGCAGGGAGUAAUUCAAGUUGGAGUGGAACUAACAACAGUAAUACAAGUAAAAGAAAUGGGGAAGACAUUGAAAUGACAGGGGAUUUACAGUCUGAAGAAACUUGUGUCGAUGGUGUCCAACAUCCAGCAGUAUCAGCUUUGAGACCAAUCCCAUCACCUGUAGGGUCCUCAGGGUCAAGGUCAAAUACCCCAGCUUCAUUACCUGGUAAUGCUGUUGGGAGUCCAAUGCAGCCUCGUCCUUCAUCACAACAGAUAGAUGGACAAAAUACUCACAUGAACCAAUCACCUAUGGCAACUCAAGGUUACAGUCAACAAAUGAUGCCACCCCCAAUGGGGCCCAACCAUAUGAACUAUGGCCCAGGUGGCAAGAUGCCACCAAACAAUAUGUCUGGUCCUGCAGGAAAUUACCAGCCAUACAAUAGUCAGUAUCAACAGCCUGGUUUUCCGAGUAGGCAAGGAAUGGGAAUGUCUCCCAAUUCUGGUGGAAUGCAGAAUUAUUCUCAAAAUGUAUAUAAUGGACCUUCACAGCCACCGAUGAGUAGCAGUUCCAAUAUGUAUAGUGGCAAUAUGCAGAUGAAUAGAAAUAUGAAUAAUUCAAAUUUUAUGUAUGGCCAAGGGAAUGCCAUGAAUAGUCAGUAUGGAAACAUUAAUCAUAUAAACUCUACUGGACCACAGGCCCCUCCUGUAGCUCCUCCAUCAAGUGCAAUGAAUUCUGCGUCUGGAGUUCAGUCCCCAGGAAUGCAGAGUACAACGCCCGUUAAAGGUGCACAUGCUGCGGCUCAGGCUGCACUUGCAGCAGCAGCUGCCGCUUCUGGUCGGCCACAGCCAAUCAGAUCUAAUAUGACAUCACCACAAAGGAUGUUUUCACCUCAGAAUGUGAAUCACAAUGCCUAUGGACCACAAGUGAACAAUAGUAUUCCAAAUUCUACAAGUCCUCUUCCUAAAUCUCAAUCUCCAGUGCCUAGUUCGACAUUUGGACCUCCGCAUAAUAGUAUGCCAAAUAAUGGUGAAGACAGUAAUCUUAGUGAUUCUAGUAGAUUGUCACAGCCAACAAACUCAUCUCAUAUACCAACUUCAUCAGAAAGUAUGCCUUCAUCACAUAAUGCGUCAGAAAAGCCUAGUAUGCAACAAGAUUCAAACUCGUGUAGCUCAACUUUGUCAAAUACAUCAAUUCCUGGUGGUGAUCACAAUGUAGACAUGUCAAAUAGUGCUAUUAACUCUGGAAUAUUACCAGAUUCAAACUCGGACACAAAUAUGAGUGAACCAACACUUGAAAAUGGACCUAGAAGUAGUACUCCUGAUCAAAGCUCUCAAGCUUCUUCUAGUUCAGAACUGAAGAAACCAAUUUCAGAAUUAGCAGGUCUAAUUGCUGAUGAUAGUGACAGCCAUAGAAAUAGAAUGGUGUCAAGACCCUCAGAACAAAGGGGGUUUCCCCCAUCACCAAAAAAUGAAAUGCCUAUUACAACUACAGCUACUACAAAUAAUACAGAAACAGAAUUUACCCAAAGUAUUACAAGUCCAGUAACAAGUAUCUCACAACCAGGUCAGCCUAUGAUGGAAGGUCAACAUAAUCACAUUCCUCCCCACAACUCUGCACCUAUACCACACUUGAUGUCACAGAUUGAAGCUCAACAAAGUCAACCUCAGACUCCUGCUGAAAAGAAAAAGAAGGAAGUUAUAACAUCGCAAUCCUCAGCACCAUCUCCAGGUGGAGCCAGUAACACCUCGUCAUACCUGGACGAUAUAGAUAAUAUCAACAGUCCUACGACGUGGACAUCAUCAAAGGGAGGCUAUGGAGACAUACAGAAAAUGUAUGAGAUGGGAAAUGAGCCAGAUAGAAGAUUUUUCCUUGACCGACUGUUCAUGUUCCUGGACGAUAAGAACACACCACUGACAUCAACGCCCUCUAUCAGUAAACAACCACUUGAUCUCUACAAAUUGUAUUUCCACGUUAGGGAAAGAGGUGGUAUGCAAGAGGUUACCAAGACAAAAAAGUGGAAGGAAAUUUGUGGUGUUAUUAGUAUUGGCUCAUCUGCGAGUGCUGCUUUUACAUUGAAAAAGAACUACAUCAAAUACCUUUUUGCCUAUGAAUGUCAGUUUGAUCGUGGAGGAAUGGACCCUCAACCUGUACUUGCUCAAAUAGAGGCCCAACUUCAGCAGAAACGAGAACAAAAGAACCGAGGUAGAGCACCUUCUCCAGCAAAUUCCCAGGGUUCUCAAGAUGCAUUCCGACCACCAAGUACACCAAACAGUAAUCAAGGCAUGGAUGGAUAUCCCCAUGGCAUGAACCCAAACUACAUGAAUGACCCCCAGAUGGGACCAAUGGGAGGAGGAAUGAUGCCACCUAACAAUAUGAUGAAUAAUAUGAUGCCUAAUGCUAUGGGUAUGAAUGCUGGAAUGUCACAUGGUCAUGGUCCAAUGCAUGCCAUGCAGGGUAAUAUGAUGGCUGGCAACAUGCCACAAGGAGGUGUGAUGGGAAACAAGGCAUAUUCAAUGAUGCAGAACCCACCACAUGGUCCUGGAAUGAUGGGAAACAGCAUGAUGCCACAGAAUAGUAUGAUGCCACAACAAGGCAUGGGAAUGCAGGGUAACCCAAAUAUGAUGCAGUCCAUGCAGAAUCCAAUGUCAUCUGGUGGUAUGCCUAACAAUCCAAUGGUGUCUGGUGGCAUGCCAAACAAUCCUAUGGUGUCUGGUGGCAUGGUAAAUAAUCCUAUGGCAAGUGGUGGCAUGCCAAACAAUCCUAUGGUAACAGGAGGUAUUCCAAACAAUCCAAUGGCAACUGGUGGAAUGCCUAAUAAUCCUAUGGCAACUGGUGGAAUGCCUAAUAAUCCUAUGGCAACUGGUGGAAUGCCUAAUAAUCCAAACAUGAUGUCAUCUGGAUCCAUUACAAAUCCAAAUAUGAUGUCUGGUGGGGCUAUUAUGCCACAGGGUUCCAUGGGGAGUAACCCUAACAUGAUGUCUGGGCCAAUGACUAGCAAUCCAAUGAUGUCAGGGGGACCAAAUACACCAGCUAUGAUAUCUAAGCCUGGUAAAAAUGACAGUGUUAGUUGCCAAGAUCCAUUUGCAGAUGAACCAAGUUUUUCACGUCAACAGAGGGGAUCAAACUCUCCUAUGCCCAAUUUCUCAGGAAUGCCUCAACCACAAGCUGCUGGUAUACCACCACAACCUGGAAUGCCACCCAGCAGUAGCAGUAGUUCCUUCAACAGCUACAAUCGUCCCAGUAUGCCACCACAACAGAAUUUCCCUAUUGGAAGUCGGCCAAAUGCAUCCGAAACGCCAACACCACCCACAUCCCAGCCAAUCGAUUCAUUUGGUACAGAACCCAUCAAGUCCAGCUCAGAUACAACUGCUGCCUCAAGUUCACCACCAAUAGAAUCAAUGAUUUCAUCUACAACAAGUACAUUUACUUCUAGCCACUCAAAUACAAUGCCUCAGCUGUCAACGUCUGGAAAACAAUUCCCGUUUGGUGACCAGUUUUCUCAGCCAGAAAGGUUUGAAUCAACAAGUUCACCUUUGCUGACAUCAUGUUCUUCUCAGCCAGUGCCACCUAUACAGCAACCACCAUUGCCAUCACACAACUCUAUAUCCCAACAGAUGGAGUAUUCUCAGAGUCCGAGCUUUAGUACCAUGCAGUCUAAACCUGCCAUGUCACAAUCUAUGGACCCCAUGAUGUCACAAAGAUAUAUCGGCCAACAGUCACAGUCAACGCCAACUUCACAGAACAUGGAUACCAUGUACUCACACCAAAGGAUUGGUAAUCAGCAGGCACCACCAACACAGUCAUCAACACAUCCUAUGGAUCCCAUGUAUAGUAAUCGAUAUGGUAAUCAACAUUACCAACAGGGGGCGCCAUACAGUGAACAACAGCCUCCAACUGCCCAGCAGCAACCAGGAUUUGGUACAGGAUAUGUCCAGAAACCUAUGAUUGGCCAGGAUUACCAGAACUUUCCAAAUCAACAGGGUGCAUAUUCUGGUCCAAGACCACAGAUGUCACAGGAAAUAGGCAGUGUUCCUCAGAUGUACAAUACUCCAAACAAAAGAUAUCCAAAUACCUAUGAUCAAGGUGGUUAUUACCCUGAGCGACCUUACCCUGGUCCUACGUAUUAUCAAGGAGAAGGGAUGAUGGACAACCAAACAUUUGAAAGUAAAGGUCAUCCCCAGUGGUCACCAAUGGGCCCUCGUUACCCUGCACAGCAUCCUAACUACGGACCUGCUGGUGGAAUGCAUAUGGCAAGUCCAUACCAAAGAGUGGCCAGCAUGAGAAUGUCGCCAAACAGGGAUAAACACAUGUCUCCCCAAAGAAUGCAGAAGUCUGUCAGCAUGGGACAGAAUUCAGCCUACCCACCAAAGAAAGAAAUGAUUUUCCCUCCAGAAAGCAUAGAAUCCAUUAGUCCAGUUCUUACUAAAAGGAAACGUCUUUCAAAGGCUGAUGUUGGUCAAGUAGAAGCUUGGAGGAUAAUGAUGGCGUUAAAAUCUGGUCUACUUGCUGAAAGUACAUGGGCCAUUGAUACAUUAAACAUUCUAUUAUUUGAUGACUCUACUAUAAGUUACUUUAAUUUAAGCCAUUUACCAGGACUCUUGGAAGUUCUCCUUGAACACUUCAGGCGCUGUUUGAUAGAAAUGUUUGGAGAAAUAUUUGAAGAAAGUGAACGUGGAAUGUGUGAUCAAUAUAAUGAAUCAUUUGAUUCAAUUAAUUCUGAAAAAGACAAAAAUGUUCUAAAUGAAAAUGGUGCUAAAGUGAAAGUAGAAGGAGUUUUCACAGACUAUACUAAUGUUACACGGAAAGGCAAAACUGUAAAAUUCGAAGAAACUAAUGAUUUAGGACCUACUGAUCAAAAACGGUGGGAUGUAUACUCUGGUUACAGUUGUAAAUUUGGGCAUUGGCAAUUGGGAGGUGGCGACACAAGCAUACACAUAGUUCCACUUUUUAGUAAUAAAAACGAAAAUGAAAUAAGUAAAAAAAUGUUCCUUAGAAAACCCAUGGAAUUGAAAGAGGAAUUUUCAGAUGACAAGGAGAAUUGUGAUGAGAAUGAAAACAAUCUUGUUGACAGUAAAGAUAACAUUAAAGUUGAAAUUUCUGAAGAAUCAAACAAUUGUCAAUGUGAAAAGAGUGAUCUCAAAAUUGAGCAUAACUGUGACAUUCAGUAUAACAAAGUGCUUGUAAAGACAGAACCGAAUGAUGAAGAGUGUGAAGAAAAUUCCCGAAUAAAAGAUGAGGUGGAUGAGGGUAGGAGUAACGGUUGUGAUGAGCACAGUGAUACUAGUGAGAAAGAAGGUGUUGAACAUCUCAAAGAAGAAAAAAUGGAAUCUCAGAGUGAAGAGAAAAUCAAAGAGGAACAAUCAGAAGAUUUACAUGAGAAAAACAAUACAUCACUUUCGGAAAACUUUUACAAUAGUCCUCAGACAAAUACAAAACGCAAAAUAAUUGAACUUGAAGAUGAGUCAUAUCAAAAAGAUGAACAUCCGUUAAAUACUGCCUGUAAUAGUAAAGAUGAAAUUGGACGCAAAUGUGUUUGUCUUUCAAACGUUUUCCGUAGUCUGUCUUGUGUCACUGGAAAUACAACCGAAAUUUCUAGAAAUGCAGGACUUAUGUUCACUCUGGGAAAACUUUUGACAUUACAUCACUACCACCUACCUCGAAACACUACUCGUAGAAAAUUUGAUCGUGAGGAUACUGAGUUGGAAGAUCUAACAGACAGUCAUUUACUUCAAAGUGAAGAGGAGUGGUGGUGGCAAUACCUAUCGCUAAUACGGGAAAACGUUCUUGUCAUAUUUGCCAACAUUGCAAGUCAUUUAGAGCUUGCCAUCUACCCUGAAGAAAUAUGUUUACCAAUUUUAGAUGGACUUGUACAUUGGGCUGUCUGUCCAUCAGCGUGUGCAACAGAUCCAUUUCCUUCAUCAACCUCAUCCGUCCUUUCACCGCAACGUUUAGUGUUUGAGGCCCUGUCAAAACUUUGUAUACAUGAAUCCAAUGUGGACUUGUUGCUUGCUACUCCUCCAUUCAGUAGAAUUAUAUCAUUAGUAGGCCAAUUAGUAAAGGCUUUAGCAAACAAGAGCGAGCCUGUCAUGAUGGAGUUUUCUAUCGUGUUGUUAGCUGAACUAGUUCAAGGUGACACCAGUGCUGCCCGGGCAGUCGCAAUGAAACAUCCGUCAGUUUCAUUGUUGUUAGACUUUUUAGAGAUGGCAGAACACAAGGCCAUGCAAGUUGCCAACAUGCAUGGGAUAAAUAUGUUAAGAGACAAUCCUGAAAUGAUGGGUACCAGCUUGGACAUGUUGCGGCGGGCUGCGACUAUCUUGUUACACAUGGCUAUGGUGCCAGAUAAUCGUCCAGUGUUCUCUCAUCAUCAACAAAGACUACUUUCUCUAGUGAUGUCUCAAAUCUUAGAUCAAUAUGUGGCACAAAUUCUUUCCGAUGUUUUAUUUCAUUGCUUUAGAGAGGAUGAUUUGAUAUUGUCCUAGCAUAUUUUCAUUUGUAUCUAUUGACUUCAACACAAAGUGUUCAGAAUAACAGUAGCUGACCAUGUUUCAUUUAUUGUAUAUUUAUUUCAUUAAAAUUUGUUGUCAUUCCUGUUUCAAGGAAAUUUUUGUUUUGUGUAUAAUAUUAUAUUUCACUUAAAGCAUUAUUGGGAGUUCAAUUGUUUUCCUCCUAAAAUGCUCCGCAAUUUCAUCACUUAUUUUUUAAUUCAUAAAGAAAAUUUUAACUGCCAUUUGAUGAAAUCAUUGAAUUUAAAAUUGUGAUAUAUGGCAGCCUAUUUAAUAGAAAUCACAUUUCUAUUUUUGUACAUUAUACAGUUUCAUGUACCUGUAUUUUAAGCAUUUAUUCAUGUUUAAUUGAAUUUAUCUCUCUGCAGCCUUUCCCAAAGUUUGAAUGUAAAUUUAUAUGAAGGUUUUUUAAAUGCAUUAAAUAGAUGAAUUUCUUUGCAUUGGCUUGAGGUAUUAAUGUUGAAUUUUAUUACUAAUUUAUUAAAUGAAAAUUAAAAAAUAUGUAUUUGAAGAGAAUAAAAACAAGUACAAAAUGAACCUCAAAAUUUUGAACUUUGUGAAAGGCUGUGUCUAAUUAGUUAAUUGUGCAUGUGUGUAGUUGUGGUUUUUUCUUUGGAAGGUGUGUGUUGUUGUGAAAUCAUGAAAUUUGUUAGUAUCUUCCUCUCUAUUAUUUAACAUUAAUUAAUAUAUCUAUUCUGUAUAUAAAAGUUAUGUAACAGUUGUUAAUUUCAAAGGCACUUUGUCUGUGCCAUAACUGCACACAUAUGUCAAACAUUGUGUACAUAGCACACUUAUGUUAAAACAUGUGUAUAGUUCAUCUUUCAUUGUGCAGAAGCUUUAUACAUUUAUGUCAACAUGAUCCAAAUAAAUGUAAAUAAUU